AUGCAGCAUUCACAGAGUUUAACUCGCUGUUGGGCCGCAGCUCUUCCACUGCGCCCCCUGCUGUAUGCGGCUGGAGUUGCAGUUACGGCCACAGGAGUUUAUUAUUAUUUUAAAACGCGCGGCGAUGAGUUUGCUUUGGUGGAGUCUGACUUGAUGUGUGAUGUGGAUGGAAUCAGGAACAUACAGACUGACAGCGCUGUCCCUGAGAAUCAGAAGGAUGAGGUAUCCGGUGCUCCGAUGGAGAGGGACAGGUCCAACCUGGAGGACAGAGUGAGGGAGUUGGAAGAACUUCUCUCAAAGACACACAGAGAGUGUGAGAUAAAAAACAAGGAGUGUGAGCAGGUGCGGGAAGCUCACAGUAUCAUGAAAUCACGUUACAUAGAGAUGACGGAAUCUGUAACACACUGCGAGGAGUCACUCAGGAACCUGCAGGUCACUCUUUCUGAAGCUGAAAGGAAAUAUGAGCAGGUGAUUGAGUCUAAUGCGCAGCUAAAGAAAGAGAACUCCAACCUGAGACCUGACUUGACCUUACUACAAGAUUGGGCGCAUGAGCAAGAGAAAGCGCUCUCUAAGAUCAAGCGCAGGAAUAAUAAGAUAAGAAAAGAGUGUAAGCAUGAGCGGAAGGCUCACAGUAUCCUGAAGUUACAGUACAAUGAGAUGAAGGAAACUUUUACCCAAAACGAGGAGUCACUAAAGCUGUCUCUGGCUGAUGUUGAAGAGAAAUAUGAGCUGGUGAAUGCGUCCUUUGCUCAUCUGGAGUCUUACCUGAUGUCCCAGGUGAGCACACUGCAAGCCUCAGUGCAGCAGCUGGAGGAAGAGCUCUGUGAGACUCGCAGAAAGUGUGAUGAAAUAACGAUAGAGAGGGAGCAUGAGCAGGAGGUACAUAGUAUCCUGAAGCUGCAGUACCAAGAGAUGAGGGAAAAUUUAGAACAGUGCCGUGAGUUACUUAAAAAUCGUCACAUAUCUCUUGGAUCUGAGGAGCCUGUGGUUUUAUGAACCCUAAAUACCUGCCAGGGACA